AGCAGAUCCUGUCUUGUUUUUGAUACCAAGCUCCUGCGCGCGCAGUCCGAGCGGCACCCGCAGUUGGAAUGCACUCCCCCCUUCCUCUGCGAACAGUGACCCAUCCACAGCAACAUCGCCGCCGCAUGGCGUGGCUCUGCAUCAAGAUUAGCAAGUGGCAAGACCAACCUUUCACGUUCCUCUAUGGCCGAAAGGUUCGAAUCCCAAGUUCGUUCUACAAGAGGGCUGCCAGGUGCCCCCCCGUGGGGGGAUGGGUGGGUCGCCAUCUACUCCAACAACGGAAUCGCUACACUCAACGCACGAUGGUUUGGAGAUGCGGUCGUGUCGGGCAAUUGGGACGUGUCGAUCGCAUACGGCCGCCACGAUUUGACGUCAAAAAUGUACAGGACGCCCCGGACGUGCACGCAAAGGAGGCCGCUGAGGAUGGCCGACGCUUUGUCCAGGUACUCGACGCCGUCGUGCUGAAGGUUGCGAAAAGUCAAGUGGUGUCGAGCCACCGCGUGGAGAAAGUACGACCUGUGGCGUGGGGGCGACCUUGGCUCGGUUCGAAAUCGACGCCGCUGCACGACAUAGCAGACCAAACAGCACGCGAACGUAAUGGCCACGAGCGUCAAGAACCGCGAGAUGCGCCCGAUGUACAACGUGCCGCUGUGGCAGGCUACGUCAAAGUCGACGGCGGUCGCGAUGCACGUGCGGGCGACGUGCACCACGUGGAAAACUGGCCAAGUGAGGGUCCAUAGCCAUGUGACGACCCAAACGAGUAAGCUGCACCAUGGCGCGUACAGCGCCGUGUAUCGCCGCGUCAGGGGCGACAUGAGGUCGUUUACGAUGUACACGAGCCAGCUCAUUUCACCGCACGACAUGAGCGUCGUGAGCCAGAACCGUGGCGGCGACGUCAAGUACGUCACGAGGCCGGAGGGGGCGACCGUGAGGUCGAGGGGCGGCGUCGAGAGGAGGCAAAUCGCGGUCACCGCGCGUAGAAAGAUGAGGGGGCGGCCGAUCCAGACGAGGCCCGCGACGCGGUUGAAUUGGAGCAUGUUCCAAUUCUCGACAUGCCCGCGGACACCCACGAUCGUGCAACCGGUCAGGGACGCCACGACCAGCAACAGCAGGGUGACGUAUCGAAUGCAGCACCGGAUGUAGUAUGCAACGUUGACGGGGGUUUCCAGCGGGUCGGCGGAGACGACGCGCGGAAGGACGGAUGCCGACGCGAUCGUGAUGGCGUCGCCAGUGGACCCGACGACCCGGACAACGUCCAACUCGCCCAAGACCCAUUGAAAUAGCACGAGCCACGCAAAGUACUCGAUGUGGGGGUCGGAAAACACGGGGUCGUGCGCGAACCGCGUGGUAAAAUCCACGGGGUUGCCGAGGAACUGGACGAUUUCCAGGUGAACGUUGUCGACUACGUCCGCCUUGACGGCCCGCGCCGAUUCCCCAAACGACGGCAGGUUGGUUUCCCUGGCAAGUGUUUGCAGCGUGGCGAGCUCGCUCUCGCACAGCUCGGGUUCCUGCAGUUCAAUCGAGCACACGGUCAUGGGGGAAGCCGUGGCGGCUGGCCGAUGUAGUCCCAUGGCUAGCACCGCCAUAAACGCGCGCUGUUUUGUAGCAUACACCGGCAGGACCGCAAACAACCCUGCCUCGUCCCGCGACGGAGUUGGUCGGCCGCUCUUGAGACCAAACAAGUUUCCGCCCAGGAACAUCUCGCCCGUCGCCCACGCCGGCGGCAACGCAAAGUAGUUGAGGCUCUGUCGAAUGCUCGAAUAGUUGGAAAAGCGACGCUCGGGACCGUCCACCAGCGCCAGCACGACGGCUUCGGCGAGUUCUUGGUAGAGCCUGGUCAGCGAGGCAGGUACCGCGACUCGAUAGACGUCGGUGGAACCAAAUGGGCCGAGAAAAUCCCGCACGAGCGCCAUGGUCGGCGCGAGCGGCGACGUCAGGUGCCCGCAAUCGACAAGGAGCUGCUCCGCACUGUGGUUCUCGAACGCAAACACGUUGCUUUGACGGACCAGCGACAUCCCGCGACUCGGCAACGUGCUGCAGUUGGCGACCGCGACGAGGUCGUUGGCAAAGCCCCAGUACAUCUUAAACGAUGUGGCGGACGGCAUGUCGACGGCGCGCUUGAUGAGGCGAAGGGUCAUGUCAUACUGGACUCCAAGCGCGUUCUCGAUCGAGUACACUUCAUGCACGCCGAGGAUCUUAAAGUUUUGCCACUGCGUUGUGUAGUGCACGAUGCCAUGGGCUCGCCACGACGCAGCCUCGUCGAUCACCGCCAAGUCGGAGCCUCGUCGGACGCGCUCGACCCAUGCCUGGCCGUCGCGCGUCACCUGGACAGCGUCAAAAAUGGCCGUUUGGACGGCAUCGCCCCAGCACUGCUGCAGCGCCUCGCGCUGUGCAUUGCGGAGGACCGAUUCAAGGUAUACGGCGCCGUUCGUCUGGGACACUUGAGCGCAUCGCUGUUGUUUGUGCACCGAGUUGGCCAUUUCCCACGUUUGGGCAAAGUCGACAUAGCAAUACGGGGUAAAGAUCCACGGGACGUCACAGCCGUCCAUUUGGCGGAGCCCGCGAAUGACGUUUUCGAGCGAGUUGACGUGAUCCUGCAGGGAGUUUCCAUACUGGGUCGUGACAAAGAUGGUGGUAAACGUCGAGUUGUAGCGUUGAUUGGGGUCGCCAAACUUGGCGUCGUCGAUGCGUCGCGACCAUCCAUUCUCAAGCUCCAAACGAGUGGCUGUCGUGAGAUGGCGAAUAAACCAGUUGGACAAGAACGUCUGCGCUCCGGUCACGUUGUACCCCUUCCACCAGAAAUCGUUGGCCAUCGUCGACUCGGUCAGCUCCAAGUACAAAUAGCUCGCCCCGACGGUGGCAGCCAUGUAAACGACGCCAGCCACCGCGAUCCAUUGGCGGUACUUUUGGUGUGGCGGCGCCGGCAUGGUGCUGGCAAUGCCUUGGGGGCGACCGACUGAGGAAUGCCGAAAUGUCGGGUUUGGAAAAUCUACGACGCCGCCGCGAUCGUCGCCGAUACAGUCUUGCUUGUGGUGUCGAUGGAGGCGGAGAAGCAUCCACAGCUUGACAUCGAACACAGCUCCCAUGGGCAGCAUCCCCGACAUGACACACCCGACGUGGUCGAGCGUCAGGCCCGUGUUGUACGGCUCGGCUAAGAGCAGUUGAGAUGCCACGGGUAGCAAUAGGUGGUGCUGCGCUGCUCGAUCGCAAGGUUGCGUUCGUUUCGUGCACCCAAACACGGCGGCAGCCGCGUACGAUGCAGCGACAGCACUCGCUUGAAUCAAACAAAUGCACCCAACACGCGCGACGCUCCCAAUCGAAAACGACCCGUUGUCACAAUCGACCUGGGUGUCGACGCCGACGAGAAUGCAGCGCGGGUGGACGAGGGCGACGGGUGCGACUGGAGCCACGAGCUCGAGGCCGACGACAGCCAUCCAUGCCACACCACUGCUCACGGGGGAAUACCAUACCGGCAAAUGCUGCGUGAGAGGCAGAAAGACGUCGAUCGCGACGUAGGUCAGCCACGUGGUUUCGCCAGCCAACAGCGCAACGUCGAGCAAAGACCGGGCGUCCUGACGCAAUUGCUGAAAACCACUGGGAGCCACGAAAGCGACGUUGGCCGUGCUAAGGACCACGAUAGCCGUCAUGCCGCGCAACAGCAGACAUGGUCGCCCGAUCCAGACCGACCCCACGACACGGUUGAACUGGAACAGGUGCAGCCCACCGCUGGAAAACUUGUCUGCGGCUCCGUACGCCAUGACGAGCAUGGCAAUCCCGGCCAUGGCCAUCGACACGUACACGUUGAUGUAUCGUACGUAGUUGCACGCAGUCUGCGGCAACUCGAGCGGGUUUGCCGCUAGAGGGUCGAAAUCGUGGCGAGGCGAGAUCGUUGUGAACGAGCCUUUGUCGCCUUCGAACGAGUACACUUCGCGGAGGCCGUGGACCCACUCGUACACGGCAAUCCACCCGUAAAACGACCACGC